AAUUCCCAGAGAGGUUUUUCAGCAUCUACUGGAUUUCCACUCACUCUCUCAAGCAAGUUUGUGUCGUGGAUGUGGUCCAUGAUGGAGAUGACUGGGGGUUUGCUCUUGUUUCUAAUUUUGCAGUUUUUUAUAGGGAACACUUCAGGGACACUUGUCUCCAGCUGUGAUUCAUGUCACACUGAAUCCAUGUGCCAGGAGUCACGGGAAAGAGGUGACACGUUCAGUGGCCCGGUCCUCUCUUGUGUCUGUAAAGAUGGCUUCGUAGGUGACGGUCUCACCUGCUACGACACAAAACUCUGCAGUGACUCUUCAUGCUGUAGCCAAGGUUAUCACUGGUCACAAGACAGCGGCUGUGUGGAUACUGACGAGUGCUCCCUCCCAGACCCACCGUGUGCACCGACUCAGGUGUGCCACAACACGCCAGGCUCUUUCAUAUGUAUGGAGCCUUCCUCCACCGCCAGAUCUGGGCCCUCUGCCCAAUCUAUCCAGUUCAAUUGUGGAAACACUGUUUGUCCUAAGGGCAUGGACUGCAUCAGUAAUAAUGGGGUCGCCCGCUGCACUGACCCCUGUGAGCUCUACACUGAGCUGCACAAUGACUGGCGGUCGACAGAUAACACAAUAAAUCUGAACCCACGCUGUGACAGAGAUGUUAACUGGCAAGGCUGGUAUCGUCUGUUCCUAAAUCAAACCAGUGCCCACAUUCCUGAGAGGUGUGUUCAGACAAACAGGUGUGGAACACACGCUCCCCUAUGGAUUACAGAGCCUCAUCCCACACAGCCAGGAGUGAUUGUUAAUCGGACUGUUUGUAGUCACUGGAGCACCAGCUGCUGCUAUUUUAGUUCACACACCAUCAACGUCAAACUCUGCAAAGGAAACUACUACGUCUAUAAACUUGUGAAGCCGAGUUCAUGCUCUCUUGCCUACUGUGCAGAGGUGAACAGAACAGACGUUGUAGUUCCUUUGACCACUCCUGGUCCAGGACAGCAAGGCACCUCUCAAACAGCAGCAGUGCACCACACCACAGAUUCAUCAACCACACCUGAUCCAGGAUCUCAGACCUUCACCUCUGCUGCACUCACAUCUGGCACUCCUGGAACAACAGCAGUGGACAACAGCACAGGAGUCGAGGGACAGGUCCGCUUGGCUAAUGGAGGAAACAGCUCCUGCUCUGGCAGAGUAGAGAUCUUCCUCCGUGGACAGUGGGGGACGGUGUGUGAUGACCACUGGGACCUGGUUGAUGCUCAGGUGGUGUGCAGACAGCUGGGUUGUGGCAGGGUCCUGUCAGCACCACAAAGUGCACGGUUUGGACAGGGCAGUGGACCCAUCUGGUUGGACGAUGUUGUUUGCUCUGGCAGCGAAUCAAAGCUAACCGAGUGCCGGCACCGAGGGAUUGGAUCUCACGACUGUGGUCACAAUGAGGAUGCUGGUGUUGUCUGUGAAGCUGCUUCACCAGUGAGGCUGGUCAACUCUGACAACCGCUGCUCUGGCAGAGUGGAGAUCUACCAUGCUGGACAGUGGGGGACAGUGUGUGACGAUUCCUGGGACCUGAACGAUGCCAAUGUGGUGUGCAGACAGCUGGGCUGUGGCAGGGCUCGUUCAGCAAUGCAAAAUGCUACUUUUGGACCGGGCAGUGGACCCAUCUGGUUGGACGACGUCAUUUGUUCAGGAAGGGAACCAUCGAUAACAGACUGCAGACAUCCAGGGUUCGGGGUCCACAACUGUAGACACAAUGAAGAUGCCAGCAUCAUCUGUGACAUUCAACCAGGACCAAACUCCACAGUUUCACCAACCACAGCUGAUCCAGGAUCUCAGACCUUCACCUCUGCUUCGCUCACAUCUGGCACCCCUGGAACAACAGCAAUGGACAACAGCACAGGAGACGAAGGACAGGUCCGCUUGGCUAAUGGAGGAAACAGCUCCUGCUCUGGCAGAGUAGAGAUCUUCCUCCGUGGACAGUGGGGGACGGUGUGUGAUGACCACUGGGACCUGGUUGAUGCUCAGGUGGUGUGCAGACAGCUGGGUUGUGGCAGGGUCCUGUCAGCACCACAAAGUGCACGGUUUGGACAGGGCAGUGGACCCAUCUGGUUGGACGAUGUUGUUUGCUCUGGCAGCGAAUCAAAGCUGACUGAGUGCCGGCACCGAGGGAUUGGAUCUCACGACUGUGGUCACAAUGAGGAUGCUGGUGUUGUCUGUGAAGCUGCUUCACCAGUGAGGCUGGUAAACUCUGACAACCGCUGCUCUGGCAGAGUGGAGAUCUACCAUGCUGGACAGUGGGGGACAGUGUGUGACGAUUCCUGGGACCUGAACGAUGCCAAUGUGGUGUGCAGACAGCUGGGCUGUGGCAGGGCUCGUUCAGCACUGCCAAAUGCUGCUUUUGGACCGGGCAGUGGACCCAUCUGGUUGGACGACGUCAUUUGUUCAGGAAGGGAACCAUCGAUAACAGACUGCAGACAUCCAGGGUUCGGGGUCCACAACUGUGGACAUAGUGAAGAUGCCAGCAUCAUCUGUGACAUUCAACCAGGACCAAACUCCACAGUUUCACCAACCACAGCUGAUCCAGGAUCUCAGACCUUCACCUCUGCUUCGCUCACAUCUGGCACCCCUGGAACAACAGCAAUGGACAACAGCACAGGAAUCGAGGGACAGGUCCGCCUGGCUAAUGGAGGAAACAGCUCCUGCUCUGGCAGAGUAGAGAUAUUCCUCCGUGGACAGUGGGGGACGGUAUGUGAUGACCACUGGGACCUGGUUGAUGCUCAGGUGGUGUGCAGACAGCUGGGUUGUGGCAGGGUCCUGUCAGCACCACAAAGUGCACGGUUUGGACAGGGCAGUGGACCCAUCUGGUUGGACGAUGUUGUUUGCUCUGGCAGCGAAUCAAAGCUAACCGAGUGCCGGCACCGAGGGAUUGGAUCUCACGACUGUGGUCACAAUGAGGAUGCUGGUGUUGUCUGUGAAGCUGCUUCACCAGUGAGGCUGGUAAACUCUGACAACCGCUGCUCUGGCAGAGUGGAGAUCUACCAUGCUGGACAGUGGGGGACAGUGUGUGACGAUUCCUGGGACCUGAACGAUGCCAAUGUGGUGUGCAGACAGCUGGGCUGUGGCAGGGCUCGUUCAGCAAUGCAAAAUGCUACUUUUGGACAGGGCAGUGGACCCAUCUGGUUGGACGACGUCAUUUGUUCAGGAAGGGAACCAUCGAUAACAGACUGCAGACAUCCAGGGUUCGGGGUCCACAACUGUGGACAUAGUGAAGAUGCCAGCAUCAUCUGUGACAUUCAACCAGGACCAAACUCCACAGUUUCACCAACCACAGCUGAUCCAGGAUCUCAGACCUUCACCUCUGCUUCGCUCACAUCUGGCACCCCUGGAACAACAGCAAUGGACAACAGCACAGGAAUCGAGGGACAGGUCCGCCUGGCUAAUGGAGGAAACAGCUCCUGCUCUGGCAGAGUAGAGAUAUUCCUCCGUGGACAGUGGGGGACGGUAUGUGAUGACCACUGGGACCUGGUUGAUGCUCAGGUGGUUUGCAGACAGCUGGGUUGUGGCAGGGUCCUGUCAGCACCACAAAGUGCACGGUUUGGACAGGGCAGUGGACCCAUCUGGUUGGACGAUGUUGUUUGCUCCGGCAGCGAAUCAAAGUUGACCGAGUGUCGGCACCCAGGGAUUGGAUCUCACAACUGUCAACACAGUGAGGAUGCUGGUGUCGUCUGUGAAGCUGCUUCACCAGUGAGGCUGGUAAACUCUGACAACCGCUGCUCUGGCAGAGUGGAGAUCUACCAUGCUGGACAGUGGGGGACAGUGUGUGACGAUUCCUGGGACCUGAACGAUGCCAAUGUGGUGUGCAGACAGCUGGGCUGUGGCAGGGCUCGUUCAGCACUGCAAAAUGCUACUUUUGGACCGGGUAGUGGACCCAUCUGGUUGGACAACGUCAUUUGUUCAGGAAGGGAACCAUCGAUAACAGACUGCAGACAUCCAGGGUUCGGGGUCCACAACUGUAGACACAAUGAAGAUGCGAGUGUUGUCUGUGAAUUCCAACGCCCUCCACUCCAGCCUCCUCAGCUCAUCUGUGGACGUGAUAAAAUGCAAAUGGGGCUAAAUAGGGCUUCCACAACUUCCAUGGGUUUGAACCCACUCUCCGGAAAUCUGGCAGUUCGAAACUGUUCCUGGGUCAGAAUGCAUAAUGAUGUAGUUUGGUACGAGGUGGACGCUCAGGCAGGUGCCUGUGGAAACACACUGAGGACCAACCGUACACACGCCAUUUACUCCAACGUUUUAUUCCUCUACCGAGGAAAUGUGUCCUUCUCACGACCUGUGAGUCUUCCCUUCUCCUGUGCGUAUCCCCUCGACACAGACACCAGCAUGAAUGUGGCAGUCAGACCAGUGCUGCCGACUGCAGUUGGCCUCUCAGGCUUAGGUAGCAAAGCUCGAGCCUCCAUGUCUCUGUUCCACACCUCCAACUUCACUCAGCCUUAUCCAUCUGGCUUGAUCACACUCCCUGUGGGCUCACCUCUGCAUGUGGGCGUCUCUGUAUUAGUCAGAGACCCAAGCUUUGUAGUUGUCCUGGAGAACUGCUACGCCUCUGACUCAUCAAACUCCAAUGAUACCGCACGAUACUUUUUCAUCCAGAACAAGUGCCCCACUGACCGACAGCAAGUGGAAGUGAUCGAGAGCGGCUCAUCCCGACAGGCUCGUUUCUCCGCCGUGUUUUUCCUGAUCCACGGUGAAUACAGUGACAUGUACCUCCACUGCAGCCUCAGCCUGUGUGACCAGGGGAGCUCCCGCUGUGCCCCAUCUUGCAGAAGAAGGACAUCUCGCUCUGUUUCCAGCUCUGCUCCUCUGAAGCCCCUCACCAUUGGACCAAUCACUUGGUCCAAGUCCACUGAGUGAGCUGGAAACAUAUCGUAACAAAACUAACUCAUUUCAUAGUGUGAUAUUAUUUGUUUUUGAAUUUCUUCAUAAAUCGAUUAUAAAAAACACAUGUUACAUUGCAUAAUUGAAUCGUAACACAUAGUGGUUUUCCUAAUUUGUAUUAGCUGUGUAAUGAGGUGUAAAAAUGGUUGAAGAAAAUAAAAAUCAAGUUCAGAGUA